UUGUUUAAUCAAUUUUAUUUGAUCACACCGGUGCUGGCAGAAGUUGUCGAUGGAAAGUCGCGAGGACGAGCCAUUGGCUCCGACGAAACCGCCGGAAAUUGACCCCGAGUUGAACGCUACCGCUGCGACGGCCGUCGAGCAAUGGAGGAACUAUCAACAAGCAUACGCCGCGUACCAGCAGCAAUAUGCCGCCUACCAGCAGUACAUUCAGCAAAGACAGUAUGCCCAAACGGUGGAGCAGCAGCAAAUGGCCUACUCGCAGUAUCUGGAGCGUCACAGCCAGUACCAGUACCAAUUGCAGCAGUAUGAGCAACACCACCAGCAGCUUCCUCCAACCGAUGCGGUGGCCUCCUGGUCGGGUGAAUCGUACGGCGUACCGAAUCCGAUGAUGGUGCAGCAGCCCGUAAUGGCUGCUGUGGAACCAAAUGCUAGUCAAAUGAACGGCUACAGUGUGAUGCCUACGCGGCAGGACGCUUUGGCCGAACAAUCCGCGUUUGCGAAGACCCGCAAGCGCCCCCGAGAACCGCGAUCCAAAAUCCGUUCCAAUGAGAAGAAGUCGGAAUUGCACACGAAAACGAUUGUGUAUGUCAACCCAGAUGACGAAACAAUGCUGCCGGCUGACUUGAAGAAACUGUUUAUGGAGUUUCAGUGCGAUCUGUGCCGCACGCGGAUGAACUCCCACAUUUCGGCCAACAUUCACUACCAGUCGAAGGCGCACGAGAAGAAAAUUAACCAAUGGUUAAAGGAGUACUGCGCGGCGACGGGUACCCCGAUGCCGGUGCGUGUUCGGCGUCAGCCGGAACUGGCCACCGAAGCGAUUGCCGCCGUCGGUCAGUCCGUGUACCACUGUGAGGCGUGCGAUCUUCCCCUCACCUCGAUACAGCACGCCAAUCAACACUACACUGGCAAACGCCACUGGAUGGUGGUGAACGGAAAGAAGCUUCCGUCUGGCAACGGGUUCUACAACGCCGAAGGCAAAUGGAUACGCUCCGGUAACAUCGUAACCGAACAAACGGACCCAGUACCAAAUGGCGCUAACAAACGACCUGCACAUCCGGUGGUGCAGAUUAAAGCAAAGCGUCGUCUACUGGAGCCCCCGCCCGUUCCACCGACGGAAUUGAUGACGGGUGUCAAUUGGCUGGCGGAUGCGGUGCCCACUUCGUCGAUAAAUGGCGUCACUACUCAACCGACACCGGUGCCGGAGGUCAGCACUGCGGUGCCAACACUGGUCAUAUCGGUUACACCGUUCAACGAGCCUAAGCCAAUUCUAACGAUCAACGUGGAAAGUGACGAAGAGGAACCUAAGACAGUGGUGCCUCCGGUUGUAGAGACAACGAUUGUUGGUGCUCCAGCUGUAGCUGUUCCGGGACAGGUGGUGGUUACGGCUCCUCCUGAGGGUGGCCCGAAUACGUCCAUCACGACUAGUGCCCCCACUACCACGUUGGAGCAGGAGAUACGGAAAAAGGAAGGGCUCGAUUGCGUUGACGAUUCGGGCACGUUUUGUUUGAUCUGCGAAACGUCCGUUACGUCACGCUCGGAAAUGCUGAUGCACAUGAAAGGUGCCAAGCACCUCAAGAAGGCCCGGCUGAAGGGUUUGGCCGUGCGCACUACUCCGUUCCGUCCGGGUGACACGAUCCUGAAGAGCCUGUCGAGACCGGCACGCAAGACGGACUGGUCGUUGUAUCGCAUGCCGUCCGGUAAGUUCUACUGCAAGCUUUGCAAUCUGAUCGUGGCCGAUGAGAAGAUGUUCAGCAUGCAUUGGUAUGGUAAGAAGCACAAGCUAAAGAAGCGCCAAGAGCAAGCAAGCGAACAGAAUGGCAACGCUACGACGACGACGACCACGACGAUGGCGACUACGAGCGUUCCCAGCACGCCGGUGAAUCCGUUCGCCUCGGAUGAUAUCGAGCUCGCACCGGCUGCCUACGAUCCUCCCGUCGAAGCGGUUGAUGCGAAUCUGCAUCAGAUAGAUCAGGCCCUACCGCCCUUUAAACGACAUUUUCGAGCAUUUUACUAUGGCAAGCGUAAUCGAUUUGGGAAGCCACGAAAACCGUUCCCUGUUUCGAACUGAGGCGAACAAUCUCAAACAGUGUAUAGAAAAAAAAAACAAUAAUUGACAUUAUUAUCCUACGUAAACUCUGAAAGCGUAGUUUAAGUGUUUUAAAA